AUGAGUCACAAGGCAUGGGCGUCUUCGCCAGCCAAAAAGGAGGAUGACAAGAGAAAGCAAGUAGUUCAACGGAGAUCUGGAUCCUCAAAAGGUGGGGUUGAAAAAGAUGAAGGCAGAGUGAAGAGCCAAACUCGGCGCAGUGCUUCCAAGGGGAACAGCAGUUCCAGCUCCAGUAGCGGCUCGGAUUCAAGCUCCAGCUCAUCCACAAGCUCUUCCGGCUCCAGUUCAUCUAGCUCUCGCUCAUCUUCAUCGUCCUCGCCAAGCCCCAACCGCCAACGACACAACAGGCAGCGCUCCCGCUCAAAGUCCAAAUUGAUCAAGAAAGAUGAUAGGCAACGGCGACAGAGGAGUCCUGCUCCCAGACCCACCAAGGUGUGCCUGGGCCAACUGACAAGAAAUGUCAUCAAGGAUCACAUCCAGGAGAUCUUCUCCGUCUACGGCAAGAUCAAAAUGAUUGACAUGCCUAUGAAUCGUCUUCAACCUCAUCUAUCCAGAGGCUAUGCCUACAUAGAGUUCGAAACCCAUGAGGAAGCAAAGAAGGCACUUAGACACAUGGAUGGAGGACAGAUUGAUGGUCAGGAGAUCACAGUCACUGCCGUCCUCACUCCGACAGUGCGCGCCUUACCUAGGAGACUGACCCCUCCCCGACGAAUGGCACCUCCACCUCCAAUGUGGCGACGCUCUCCACCUCGAGUGAGAAGACGGUCACCAAGACGACAUUCCCCGGUCCGCAGGAUGUCUCGAUCCGUUGGCCACAGUCGCCACCGGUCCCGCUCUAGUUCCAACUCCUCACGCUAG